AUGACCGCUGACACAUGCGAUGGCUGCUGUGGUCGAUACGAUGGCAGGAGGGGGGAGAGAUAUAAAGGGAUCCCUCCCGCGAGUCUCGCUGUGUUGACGCCUCUUGAACAAGGAGAAGCAGCAAUUGAUCUAGUCAAAAUGGCAGAACUCUCCAAAGAAGUAGUCAUCCUUAUCGUCAUCGUCGGCUGCGUGGUUUGCGUUCUGAUCGGCUACUCUAUCCAUUAUAUCUUCACGAACGGCUUCCAAGACGACCCAAGGGAAAAGGAAAUGACGUACGAGCAGAAGGAGUAUAUGCGGGACUUGCGGUUGAAGAAUAUGGAGGCGCUGGCUAGGCAGGCUGGAGUGACGAUCCCGAGGGAUCCUUGA